AUUCAAAUGAGUAGCGGCUUGGACCCAGAAACAGUGUUCAAGAUGUCACGACUUAACAAGCGGUAAGGUAUAUUCUGAGAAGUUCCCCUAAAACUCAGAAUAAGGACAGUAAUUAUUAACAACAGUAUUUAUCAAAAGUAAAUCAAAUCAUACCACAUCAUUUCUACACAUCAAUGUCAAAUAUUUUAGGAACACGAAAACCAUCUGUAAUACUUCAACAUGAAUUAAUUGUUCUGAAACUUUUUGAAAACAUUUGAAGGGAGCUGUUCUGCUUUUUCAACAACCCCUUUCGCAUUCUCAUAGUUAGCUUUGGCUGCAAGCUUAAUGGCAUCAAGCACUGAAUCAGCUUCCUCUGCUGCUCUGUAUCCAGUAACUCCUUCACAAAUCGCUCCUGCAACAGCUGCAACUCCGACAACAACCCCUACAGCAAUUCCUGUACCAGCGGCUGCACCAAUACCUGCUCCUGCUGCCACCCCUGCCCCUCCUGCUGCUCCUCCUACUGCUGCCCCCGCUACUGCUCCUCCUACUGCUGCCCCCGCUACUGCUCCUCCUACUGCUGCCCCUGCUACUGCCCCUCCUCCUGCUGUCCUUGCUACUGCCCCUCUUCCUGCUGUCCCUGCUACUGCCCCCGCUACUGCCCCUCCUCCUGCUGACCCCGUUACUGCGCCUUCUGCUGCCGCCGCUGUUACUGCUCCUCCUGCUGCUGCUCCUGUCCCUGCUACCACUCCUACUGCUGCUGCACCUCCUGUUGCUGCUCCUCCUGCUGCUCCUGUAUUCGCUACCUCUCCCACUGCUGCUGCUCCUCCUGCUGCACCUGUAUCCGCUACCACUCCUACUGCUGCUGCUCCUCCUGCUGAUCCUGUCCCUGCUACCACUCCUACUGCUACUGCUCCUCCUGCUGCUCCUGUAUUUGCUACCUCUCCCACUGCUGCUGCUUCUCCUGCUGCACCUGUAUCCGCUACCACUCCUACUGCUGCUGCUCCUCCUGCUGAUCCUGUCCCUGCUACCACUCCUACUGCUACUGCUCCUCCUGCUGCUCCUGUAUUCGCUACCUCUCCCACUGCUGCUGCUCCUCCUGCUGCACCUGUAUCCGCUACCACUCCUACUGCUGCUGCUCCUCCUGCUGAUCCUGUCCCUGCUACCACUCCUACUGCUGCUGCUCCUCCUGCUGAUCCUGUCCCUGCUACCUCUCCUACUGCUGCAUCUCCUUUUGCUGCUCCUGUCCCUGCUACCACUCCUACUGCUGCUACUCCUCCUGCUACUCCUGUCCCUGCUACCACUCCUACUGCUGCUGCUCAUCCUGCCCCCGCUAUUGCCCCUCCUGCUGCUGCCCCUACUACCGCUCUUCCUGCCGCUGCCCCCAUUACUGCCCCUCCCACUGCUGCCCCUGCUGCCCUUGCUACUGCCCCUGCUACUGCUUCUCCUGCUACUGCUCCUGCUACUGCUUCUCCUGCUGCUGCCCCUCCUGCUACUGCUCCUGCAGCCCCUGCUACUGCCCCUCCUGCUGCUGCCCCUACUACUGCCCCUCCUGCUGCUGCCCCCACUACUGCCCUUGUUACUCCUGCUGCCCCUGGUACUGCCCCUCCUGCUGCUGCUACUGCUCCUUCUACUGCGGCCCCUGCUACUUUCACUUCUACUACUGGCUCUCCUACUGCCCCUGCUACUUUUUUCUUUGCAAUCAUAAGUUAUAAUGUCAUAAAAUUGCAAUGCAUAAAAAAAAAUAACAAACUACAUAUCUGCAGUGUGGACAAUAUUUCUAGUUUCUGUUUCCCGACAGAGAGCUGAUGAGUUUAAUUCUGUUUAAUUGACGUAAAUCAUCAACCAAGAACUCAACCUUACUGUUAAGGGAGCUUGGCAAGCAGAUCUUCUUUGAAAAAAGGGUAACUCUUUGUUUCUACAAAUAUUUUUGUAUUACUGAAUGGAUGAAUCAACUAAUACACACACAUCACAGCUUAGGUGUCAAUAAGUAGCUUUAAGCUCAUUGUGUCAGUCCUGUUGUCAUCUGAAAGCUCAUUUUGCUUCAGGAUCUCCUCACCCUCUAGUGGACACUGACCAUAUUACAGAAACAAGGAAUCUAAAAUGAAUGUAAACUGUUUAUUUUGUAAAUGAACAAUGCUUUUGAUUAACACUAAAAUUGCCUAAGAUAAUUAGAAAGCAGGCUUUUCAAAUUCCUCAAAGAAAACAGAAAUAGUGAUAAAAAUAAAACACUUACCUGGCAUAAUGCUUUAGAGGAAGAGGAUGCAACAUGUACUAUCAACAGGUGACAGCAGAGCUAAAUAAAUGAAACUAUUUGGUGAGCCAUUCAGAGCC